AUGGCGCCUUCAAGAGAGCAGACCCCUGAAGAGCGCACGCCGCUGCUGCAGGGCGUGACGGUCACGCACGGCGCCACCGCCACGUCCAACAAACCCUCGACCACGUGGAUGCCCGUAUUGGACACCCCCGGUCUGGGCGACCGCUGUCCGUCCCAGCAAUCAGGCUGCCUAAGCAAUGUCUUUUUCUCGUGGGUCACGCCCCUCAUGAAGCUGGGCAACGAGCGGCCGCUUGAGAACGACGACCUGUUCCAGCUGGACCCGCACAACCGUGCGGCCAACGUGUCUCGGAAGUUCACCGAAGCCUGGGAGCAGCAGAAGCGCUCGAAGAAGCCCAGUCUCGUGUGGGCCAUCACAAAGGCCUUUGGCUUCAAGUUUGUUGUAGCCGGUGUGCUCAAGCUCAUCCACGACUCGCUGCAGUUCGUGGGGCCCAUGAUUAUCAAGAACAUCAUCGCGUACCUGAGCGACCCGACGGCGCCGCUAUCCGAGGGUCUCACAUACGCUGGUGUGGUCUUCGUUUCCGGCGUGGUCCAGUCCUUUGCACUGCGCCAAUACUUUUUUUACUGCUAUGAAACAGGUCUGCAGUUUCGCAGCGCUGUUGUCACGGCCGUAUUUGAAAAGUCGAUCCUGUUGUCGGCUGCAGCCCGGCAGCAGCGGACGUCAGGCGAGAUCACGAACCUCAUGUCCAUUGACGCCCAGCGGCUGCAGGAUAUGACGCCAUACUUGCACGCUGUAUGGUACGCGGCGUUCCAGAUUACCGUGUCGUGUGUGUUGCUAUGGCAACAAAUUGGCUUGGCGACGUUCGCGGGCGUAGCGGUGAUCCUGCUGAUUAUUCCACUCAUGACAUUCAUCUCGACGGCUAUGCGCAAGCUGCAACAGCGCUUGAUGGAGGUCAAGGAUGAGCGUAUCAAGGUGUGUGUCGAGAUACUGUCAGGCAUCAAGGUGGUGAAGCUCAAGGCGUGGGAAAACUCGUUCAGUCAGCGUGUGAUGAGGUUCCGACAAGAAGAGCUGGCACGUCUGAGGCUAUAUGUGCUAGCGCGCAGCGGUUCGGACACGAUUUUCAGUUUUGUGCCGUCGCUCGUGACGAUCGUUUCGUUCAGCGCGUAUGUGUUGCUGGGCCAUACGCUAGACGUGGGCACGGCGUUGACAAGUCUGGCACUGUUUAACAUCCUGCGGUUUCCGUUGUUCAUGCUACCACAGGUGCUGAACAACGUGGUAGAGGCGAGUGUAAGUUUCGACCGUCUGCGCAAUUACUUUUUGGCAGAAGAGCGCAAAAACGUAGGCCAGGGCGAUCUGAAAGGCAUCGGUAUCUCAGUGCAGAGUGCCGACUUCAAGUGGGACGCAGCUUCGCCUGCUGAUGGCAACGGAAUGAACGAUGACACAAGGGAUGAAGGAGAGUCAUUGGUAACGUCUGUGGCAGAGGGUCCGAUACUCCACAACAUCGACUUCUCAGCCAAGGCGGGCGAGCUGCACGCAAUUGUGGGCCAUGUUGGUAGCGGCAAGUCGACUCUGCUGGCAGGCAUCCUGGGUGAUGCUCGAUGCAGCACCGGCUCGGUGGCGAUUCGUGGCCGAGUGGCAUACGUUUCACAGCAGCCAUUCAUCCAGAACGCUACGGUACGCGAUAACAUCACGUUUGGCCUUUCGUUUGAUGCUGACAAGUACGCGGAGGCUCUGCAUGUGAGCUCGCUAGCGGAAGACGUACGCACUCUGCCUGCUGGAGAUCGUACGGAGAUUGGCGAAAAGGGCAUCAACCUUAGUGGUGGACAGCGAACGCGUGUAGCUGUCGCCCGCGCUGUGUACCAGGACGCCGAUAUUUAUCUGCUUGAUGACAUUCUGUCCGCAGUUGACAGUCACGUAGGCGCUGACAUAUUCCACGAAUGCAUCAAAAAGACCCUGAAGGACAAGCUGGUAGUGCUAGUGACACACUCGCUGAGAUUUCUUAAUCAGUGCGAUAACAUCACCGUAAUCGCCAACGGAAGAAUUGCCGAGCACGGAUCAUAUAAAAAGCUGAUUUCAAGGAAGAAAUUGCUUGCUCAGAUGGUGUUACACUACGCAGAGAGCGAGAAGGAGGAGGACAGUGAGCAUUUGGUGGCGGAAGGCGUCGAUGAAGUGAAGGCUGAUUCGUGUGAUGAGGCGGGGUCGGCAACAUCAGGUCGCAAGAAGUCGAUCGAGGGUGGUAUGCUUCACCGGUCUCGUGUGUCGUCAACGUGGAGUGACGACGGUCAAGCUGCUGCAGAAAGCGGGGGCCAGCUGAUUGUCAAAGAGGACCGCUCUGUGGGUGACGUGUCAUGGUCAAUUUACAGAAUGUGGGUUAACGCGUUCGGUGGCAUGAGUGCUGCUUUCGUGGUCAUGCUCGCUUUCUCUGUUGCUCAAUGUUUGACGGUGGCUGCGACAUUGUGGAUCUCGUAUUGGUCCGAGGAGGCAACGAAGUAUCCGGACUCGCAGAUGUACUACGUGUACGUGUACGGGCUGAUAAACUUGGCGUUCGCUGCAAUGCUGUUCGUCCGCGUGGUUCUCCUGUAUUUGGGCUCUCUCCACGCAAGCCGUUUGCUGUUUGACAAGCUGUUCAACCGUAUUUUGCGUGCACCGACCUCUUUUUUUGACACGACGCCACUCGGUCGCAUCGUGAAUCGCUUGUCAAAAGACAUCUACACACUAGAUGAAUCGAUCCCCGGCACCGUGGCCGGUCUACUCCAGACCAUUGUGUCGGUUGCAGCCACGUUGAUUACAAUCUCGUGCGUUACCCCAAUGUUCAUGGUCAUUCUGGCACCGGUACUGGUUGGGUACUACUGCUCGCAGCGAUACUUUAUCAAGACUUCCCGUGAGCUACAGCGCCUGGACUCCAUUAGUCGUUCUCCCAUCUUUGCGCAUUUGUCGGAGACACUGGACGGUCUCUCUACAAUACGAGCUUUUGGUGUGGAACAAAGUUUUAUUGGCCACAAUAACUAUCUCUUGGACAAGAAUCAGCGUGCGUACUUCCUGAACUUCACGGUAAACUGCUGGCUGGCUUUACGUCUGGAGUUCGUUGGUAUAUGCAUUGCGACUGCUGCUGCGCUCACAGCAGUUCUAGCUCACGGCGCAAAUGCCAGUGAAGGCACUGCCUAUGCUGGUAUUGUCGGUGUAUCGCUGGCGUACGCAUUUACCAUCACACAGCCGCUGAACUGGUCUGUGCGCAUGCUCAGUCACUUGCAGACGCAAAUGGUAUCAAUAGAGCGCAUCCAGACGUACACGGAGGUUCCGAUCGAAGCUGCUUUGACGAGCAGUGCUUUCGAAAAGCCACCGCCGGAGUGGCCAUCAGCUGGUGUCAUCAGCUUCGACCGUGUCGAUCUGCGCUACCGUCCGGGUCUUUCACGCGUACUUCGUGGUCUGACCUUCACUGUUAAUCCAAGGGAGAAGGUCGGCAUUGUAGGUCGAACGGGUGCAGGCAAGAGCAGUUUGAUUGUAGGACUCAUGCGUCUUGUGGAGCUGGAUGCGGGUAGCAUCAAGAUUGACGGUGUGGACAUCAGCAAAAUUGGCUUGCACGACUUGCGUACCAAGAUCGCCAUUAUUCCGCAGGACCCUGUGCUAUUCUCGGGCACGGUGCGCUCGAAUCUGGACCCGUUCGAUAAGUUCUCCGAUGAUGAGAUCUGGACGUCGAUAAAGCGUGCGUCGCUACAAAAUGCAGUGACUUCGCUGGACUCCGCCGUGGAUGAGAAGGGCUCAAACUUCAGUGUGGGUGAGCGCCAAUUGCUCUCCAUUGCGCGCGCGCUUCUGAAAAGGGCGAGGAUCAUCCUGAUGGACGAGGCCACUGCGUCGGUCGACCCAGAGACGGACCGGCAGAUCCAGCAGAGUAUCCGCGAGGAGUUCCGUGAUUGCACGACAUUAACGAUCGCGCACCGCAUCAACACGAUCCUUGAUUCAGAUCGCAUUCUGGUGAUGGAUAAGGGAUCAGUGGCCGAGUUCGGGUCACCCGCUGAGCUGCAGCGCAAACCAGACGGCAUUUUUAAGUCGCUGGUGGACGCCUGGCGCCAUGGCAGCGAGGCUUAG